AUUGUGUAUUUAUGUAGACAUCUCAUGUUGUCUACCUACAUAUAUGCAUAUGUGAAAAAUGUCAUCGCUUUGAAAGAAAGUCAUCGUCCACGUUGUUCCCCCACUACGGCGGUUCCGAAGCUGCGUUCCUUCCCGCUGCCUAAUCACUCGACCCAUAACCACAUGUGCAAGUACAUGAGUAGCCAAAUAUCGUGUUAUUGGCAAAAUCAAUACAUGUACCUCGAUCAUUCACGUCUACGUGAUUUCUCGCUUUAUUCGAGUACACGGAAUCACUACAUAGCCACACUAAGCCACACACGCGCCCCACUGCCACUACCACUACCACUAUCUCCAUCAUCAGCACCAUCUCAUCCCACUCAUCCUAAAACCUCAAACAAACACGUUCUUCGAAAAUGGCCAAUGAAAAUAUCAAAACACGUGUGCUGAUCCUUUCCGACACCCAUAGCGCAUCUCCCACUGAGAAUCUCUCCUCGCCCUUCCGCACGCCUCUUCCAAGCGCAGAUGUACUUGUACAUUGCGGCGACCUCACCAUGGUCGGCCUUAUGAGCGAGUACAAGCGCGUGAUGAAAAUGCUACAAGGUGUCGACGCUCAGCUCAAGCUUGUCAUUGCAGGCAACCAUGACAUCAGCCUCGACGAGACUUAUUACUUACGCAAGGGAAAGUUUAUGCAGCGAUUGAAAGAAGCGGAUGAAGACAUGCCGAGGAGGGCUAGAGAGCUGUGGACGGGAGAGAAGGCCAGAACGGCUGGAAUCAUAUAUUUGGAUGAAGGGGUGCAUGAAUUUAAACUGAAGAACGGUGCGAGGCUGAGGGUCUACGCAUCUCCCUACCAGCCCGAAUUCUGUGAUUGGGCAUUCCCGUACUGGCGCAACCAGGAUCGCUUCAAUCCCUCGCAUCAGAUCACCCCUAAUGCGGUUCCAAUCGCAGUGAAUCCUGUUCCGGACUUCCCUAACAUCGACAUCAUGAUGACCCAUGGGCCGCCGAUGGGGAUUUUGGAUCAAACUACUAGGAGGGAGCACGUAGGGUGCGAACAUCUUCUAAGAGCAGCGCGACGUUGCCGACCUCAAUUGCACUGCUUUGGCCAUAUUCACGAGGGAUGGGGUGCUGAAAGAGUAACAUGGAAGGUGAAUAAUGAGAACGAGGUGGAAUGGAAAGAAUACGUCAAGGAGAAAGAAGCCAUUGUGGUCGAUCAUGAAAAGAUUGAAGAGGAUAGAGCUGUUUUUGUGGACCUCGGAAAUGGAAGUGAGAAGCCGUUGCGGUGGGGAGAGGAAACGUUGAUGGUGAACGCCAGUAUUAUGACGCAGACUUACAGGCCCUCGCAAGGGCCGUGGGUCGUCGAUUUGGAUCUGGAGAAGGCGGAGUGA